UGGCCAUAACCAUGAGCCGCUACUCCGCUGUCAUUCUGCGGUCUCUUCUUCUUCGUCGGAAUCGCUCUCUCGAGUUGCUUCGUUCAAUCUCAUCGCCUCCGCCUCUAAAUGCGACACACCGACUUAUCACAAUCUCCAGCGCUGCCGCCUCUCCUUCGCCACUCCCAUCGGACAUCCGCUCAUGCAACGAGAUGCUCUCCUCUAUCGGCAGGGCGCGCGGCAUCGACGAAGCGCGCGCCCUGUUCGACCGGAUGCCCCAACGAGACCUCGUCACCUACGCCUCAAUGAUCAGCCUCUACCUCAAGGACGGCCUCCUACAGCAAGCCGAGGCUCUCUUCCGCCGGCUCCCCCGCCGGACUGUCGUCAUUGAGUCGGCCAUGAUCGACGGGUACGCCAAGGCUGGGAGACUGGAGGAGGCGCAGAAAGUGUUCGAUGCGAUGGAAGAGCGGAAUGUAGUGUCCUGGACGAGCUUGUUGUCUGGGUAUUGUCGGCUUGGACGAAUUGACGAAGCAAGGUGGAUCUUUGAUCGGAUGCCGACGAGGAAUGUCGUAUCUUGGACAACAAUGCUCCUAGGGUACGCUCGCAGUGGGCUUCUCGAGGUUGCCCGAGAGCUUUUCGAGCAAAUGCCGGAGAGAAACGUCGUGGCUUGGACAGCUAUGAUCAAGGGUUACAUAGAAAAUGACUACAUUGACUAUGCCCGGGAGUUGUUCGACAGAAUGCCGGAGCCAAAUGUGUACACCUGGAACAUCAUGAUCUCCGGCUAUUUGGAUAGUGAUAGAGCAAAGGAUGCAAUGCAUUUGUUUCAGUUGAUGCCGUACAAGAAUACAGUUUCAUGGACAACAAUGGUUAGUGGCAUGGCUCGGAAGGGUUUGACAGUGCAAGCUUGGGAGUUGUUUGAACAAAUGCCGAUAAAGGAUAUUGCAGCUUGGAAUGCGAUGAUCACUGCUUAUGUGAAUGACGGUUUCAUGAGCGAGGCGAGGAUGCUCUUUGAUUCCAUGCCAAAAAGAAAUAUAGUGACUUGGAAUGCAAUGACUGAUGGGUAUGCUAAGAAUGGAUUUAAAGAUGAAGCCAUGAGGCUUCUCAUUUGCAUGCUUCGGUCACUGGUGAAGCCAAAUGAGGCUACGCUUACUGGUAUUCUAGCCAACUCCGAUAGCAAUAUUGUAGUAAGGGAAAUUCAUGGACUAGCAAAUAGGCUUGGCUUGAACUCGAACACUUCAUUCAUGAAUGCUUUGAUAAAUUUGUACUCAAGAACUGGCGACCUGAAUUCAGCAUGGCUUACCUUUCAUGAGGUUGAAAUAAAGGAUGUCAUCUCAUGGACCGCAAUGAUACUAGCUUACUCAAACCAUGGGCACAGUGAUUAUGCAUUGGAAUUGUUUGCGCUGAUGUUGAGACAUGAAGUUAUGCCUGAUGGGAUUACUUAUCUCGGAGUGUUGUCAGCUUGUAGCCAUGCUGGCCUUGUUGAGAAGGGAAAGAAGAUCUUUGGCUCUAUGGAAAGAAUAUAUGAUUUGGAACCAACAGCAGAGCACUACUCUUGCCUUGUGGACUUGCUAGGUCGAGCUGGGCAACUUGAGGAAGCUAAGGCUAUGGUGAUGAAGAUGCCGGCAAGCAAGAGGGAUGAGGUAGUUUUGGGGGCUUUGUUGGGUGCUUGUAAGUUGCAUGAUCAGGUAGAGGAAGCAUGCAAUGUUGGUGAGGAGUUGAUUGAGUUAGACCCAUCAAGCUCAGGGGGCUAUGUCCUUCUUGCCAAUAUACAUGCUUCACAGGGGCAGUGGACUGAUGUGGCCCGUCUGAGGAAGAUGAUGAAGGAAAGGAAGGUGAAGAAAGUCCCUGGUAUCAGUCAUAUUGAGGUUAACACAAAAGAUCAUGUGUUCUUUGCUGGCGAUCGGUCACAUCCUGAGGCAAAGCAAAUUUAUGCAAUGCUAAAAGAGGAGCUUCUCCCACAUAUGAAGGAUAUGGGCUACUCACAAUUGACUUGCUAUGAUAAAACGAUAGCUUAAGAUUCAAAACCUUUCUGAAGUUCCCCGUUAUACUUAGAAGAUGCUUGCUUUUAAGUUGCUACUUUGCUAUCGAGGAGAACUGAUUGGAACAAGCUGAAAUGAGGAAGUUGCUUAAUUAGAAUGGCCCAUCUCCCAUCCAAGUUCUUAUAAAAUUCCAGGUCACCAUCAGAUAGAGAGUUCAACAAUAAGAAGAGGAAUAUUAACCUGAGACUUGUGCAGAAUGAGUGUCCUUAUCAUACAUUGUCACUAGACAUGUGCACUCGAUCAGAAAACCAUAUUGAUGCACAAUAAUGAUGGUCCUCAACCAUGUGGCUUUAAGCUGUGAUUACUGUAUCCAACAAAGGGACCAACCUAGCGCAUGCUGCAUGCUGCAUGGUGCAGGAAAUGAACAGGAGUUUUUACGCUCUAGGAUGGUCAUGCAUUUGACUGUGGGGGAGAUUUGACUGCUUUCUCAUGCAUGAAUGGGAGCAGAACUAUAUUGAGAUGAUAAAUCCUGCUGCAUUGAGAUUAAAAGUUUUGGUGGUAAAGACAGAAACAUUCAUUCAUUGAGCAUGAACUGAGAAACUAGCUGUCCAUGUUUAGAGUUGUGGAGAUGAAGCAAGUCCAUAUAAGUUUUGUAAGUUACAUUAAAAGAUCACUUGAUUUUGCUUACGCAAUUGGAUCUGACAUUUAAAUUAUGCUGAAUCGAAGGAUCUAGGAAUGGCGGCUGGUCCACAGAAUCUAGAAGCGGCCAAUCAUUAUUCACUGACUACUUUGGAAAGAAAAGAGAGGGAAAAGAAUGACCACCACCACCACCGCACCACAAGAUGCUCUGCUUUGGACGAUCCAGGCAGGCAGAACAGUCUGGACUAGCAAGUAGCGUUCGAAGUGGCUAGCAGUUGGCUCCUCAAUCAUCAUCCUAACUGGACCAGCCAUCUCAACAGCAUGCUAAACAGUAUCAUCGUGUCGAUAGCUUAGCAGCAGGGCUAAACACUGGAAACACUGUGCCAGUCGUUUGUCGUUUUUUCUCGUUUCAGAUUUCUUACGUUGCCUGUAACUUUUGCAGCCGGCUGAAGAGUGAAGAUCCGAUCCACCUUCGAGCAUUCAAGUUUGUUAGCUCACAGAGUAGAGGGGACGCAGCACUGCUUCCUGAAUGCAUGACAAAUGGCCAAACUGUUUCCCCCGUCAGACUCCACUCGACUCCACACUACGCUAAGACUGCUGCCCCUUUCCCUUCUGAUCCACUCAACAAGUGCUCAUCCAUCACUAUUCACUGCAGUGGUCCAGGUGUGGCCGCAGAAGAUCCAGUCCUGGAUCGCCAAGAUUUGCGGGAAUCCAGGACAAAAUUUGGACGGUUUUCUAAUUUGUUGGCUAGUGAUGGGACUGCGUCGUCCUCUCCUCAUCAGCCCCCACAGGCAACACUGAAUCCACUGGAGAAAAGAUUGGAUCCUUAUGCCAAAUCCAUCUCCACAAGCACCCACAGUCCUGCCCACCCACUUUCGGCCUCUGCGACUGCAAGUGGAUUCAAUGCGUGUCUAUUCAUCUCAUCUCUCUCGUCAACAUCCUCUUCGAAUCUGAGAUGUAAACGAUUUGAUGCUCCUCUACGUGUUCGAAUCCGUGAAGCACUUAUUGAUCGCGGUGGAUAUCCGGAAUGAGAUUUUGCUAAAAAGGGUGAAAGUUCCUACGUGUUCUUCUUCUUCUUCUUCUUCUUCUUCUUCUUCUUCUUCUUCUCACUUCAUAUUAUUUUCAAAUUUAUUUAUCAUUAAAAGGGUAUUUGACUGGAGUUUUCUCAAAACAAAAGGGUCAUAUUUCAUCUUGAUACACUGUUUCUGUCAAAGUCGAACUCCAUUUGUCUCCAUGCAGAGUCCAACUGGCAUACUGCUUCUCCUUG